ACAGUUAUCUCGCGGGUUGCGUCGCGGAUUUGUUCGAGAAUCCCGAAGGUGUCGAGGUUCUGAGAAUUGGAGAUAUUUUGAGGAUUGAGAAAGAUCUUUGCAAUGGAGGCGGAAUCGAUUGGGAACGAGCAGGAUGUAGGGACGGACUGGAUAAGUUCUUUGUUGCCAGGCGUGGCAGAGAGGGUGCCAGGAGAUAGAAGGGGAUGGCGGAAGAUUGCAACUCCUGUACGCUCGUAUGGUGCCUCUUCUCCUCCAAGAUCGCAAACCUUCACGAUCCUGAUGUGAAUUUGGUAUCAGCUGCUUGGAAUUUUCCAUCUUGCAAGUCACACUGGAGGGUCAAAAAAGGCUCAUAAGAUUGAUUACUGAGCGUUGAGGAUGCUCUCGAUUUCUAGCACAAAGCUAACUCUGUACGCCUCGGGGUUACGAGUGAUUACUAUUAUAGACGUGACAGAAGCUCGCACAAGCUGUUAAAAUUUUUCUCUCAAGGUUUUGGAGUUUUUGGAGGGGGCGCACGUUGAGGUGGAUGGCAAGUCCAGAAAUCAACGGUGCGGCACUUCGAUCCUCCGGGAGCCCAGAUUGCUCCAUUCUGAAGCUGUCUGGCCCACUCCGAGGCUGGAAGAAAAAGUUAACUUCCGAAAAAGGUUGCGCACAGAAGAGGAAGGAUGUGAGCUACAUCGCUCCAAAUGGUGAAGAAAUCAAGUCUUCAAGGCACCUCAUCAGAUAUUUGAAAGCUCACCCCGGAGGCCUCAAGGCGGAAAACUUCGUCUGGGAAACAGUUAAAGCGCCCAGGCGAUCCGCGAGGUUGAAUCGAAAGCCGGGACGACGCAUCCACUUUGAAGAGUUAGAUAUGAUUCCAACGAGGCGCAGGAAGCGCAGCAGCAGUAGCAAUGGUAAAGACAAACUAAAAUCCGGCAGAAUCAAGAAACGUGCAGGAAUCUCAAGAGCUAGGGACAACCUCAAGGUCGCUAAGGAGAAGCUAUUGGUUGAUUCACAGUUGCUACAAGCUUCAGAACUACAUCCAUGUACCUUACAAAACAGUCAUCCUGAGACUAAAGCAGUAAAGACUGAAGACACAAAGAACCUUGAAAACAUAAAUUCGUCUCAGGUAGAUAACCAGAUACUUGCAGUUGAUGUCACAGAAGUUCCUGACCUGAAAAUUCCGUUGGAUGACAAGCAUAUCACAGUCGGUGGCAUCGAAGAGGCCGUAGCCUUUGAUGAGCAAAUUCCUUUAGAGAUUCUGUUCCCGGCAGCAGACUCUUUAGAUGCUUCAGUGGAAGGGAUGCCACUCACAACCGACAUGGUUAUUGAAUUCGAGGAGACUCCGAGUGAAAUUGAUAACGCAAAGGUAGAGAGGUCUAUCGCUGUUGAUAAUGCUACAGUGGACACAACUGCGACAUCCAUCAUGACAGCAUUACCAGAAACCACUGAUCCCGAAAACGAAACAGACGAAGAAGUGAAGAUGAACGAUGUGACAAAAAUUUCCGAGGAAGACAAACAAGUGGUCGAGGAAAUUUUGAAGGGAAAAUUUGGAGAGUGUACGACAGAGGAAAUCGUCGAGAAGGCGUUUGAUAUGGAUGUUGAUACGCUCGAUGAUGUCAAUGAGAUAACGAUGAUCGUGCAAGUAGCUGAAGAUUUGUGUGACAACAGAAUAGUCUUGUCGCAGCCUCAAAUAAUCCAUCCCCCAUGUUGACGACACGGCCACAUUCGUCAGCAAGAGAGAGCCUCAGCAUGACAAUGAGCUUGUCCCUCAAAAGUCGUUGGAGGGGACGACCCAAACGUCAUAUGCGAUGAGGUUUAAUUGAGGGAGAAACUAAUAAAAGUUCAUUCACCGUUUGAAGGGACUCCAGUUACUGUCUUAGGAUAGAAGUAGUCCAGCGACUGUCUAGAUCCGAUAAAUUUCGUAGUCGAAAGUGUGGAAUCCCAUGUUGUUGGACAGAAGCUCGUCGAUUGAUGAACGCCAUCCCGUGCUUUUCGAACUGUAGAACUUUUGUAGAAUGAGUUGUUUACAGGCAUAGUCUUUAGAGUUAGUCGUGAAGAAAGGUUGUGGAUUAAUCCUAGUUGCCAGCAUUCUCUUGGAAUAACCUUCGUGCUUAACCCGGUGGCAUUUGAAUUGGCAUCUGAAUUCAACAAUAUAGAUUUGUCUUCUUUUUAUUUUCAUAUUCUUCUUUUAUGUUAAGUAAUUAAAGAUUUUCA